AUGGAGCAGAUUUGCGUCGAUGUAGACUGUCCUGAAAAAAAUGAAGACCAGUGCACACAUCAAAAUAAAACAGACCUUGGUAGUGCAGAGGAAAAGCUAAUCACCUCUAAUGAACACUCAUGGAAACCAUGGAAACAUGCCCGGUCCCGGAUCAGAGAGUGUAUGCUGUAUGUGAAGAAGGCUAUGGUCUCUUUGGGUGGCAUGGAGUGGUAUUGCUAUGCCCUGUUAGGGAUCCUCACCGCUCUAAUGAGCUUCUUCAUGGACAUGACGGUGGCCAAGUUACUCAACGCUUACAAAUGGCUGUAUGGUGGUCUUAAGGGUCACCAUUUGCUGCAGUUCCUCUGCUGGGUGCUUUACCCAACCUGUGUCUGUGCCCUGUCCACCAGCUUCUCUCACAGCAUCUGCCCGUCGUCUGCAGGUUCUGGUGUUCCUGAAGUUAGGUCUAUUCUCCUAGGAAUGGACAUGCCAGAUUACCUGUCCCUCUCUAAUCUGUUUGCUAAACUGGUUGGCCUGAUAUGCACACUAGCUUCCGGCAGCACAGUGUUUCUCGGCAAAGUGGGUCCAUUUAUCCAUUUAUCUACCAUGGUGGGUGCAUUCAUGAAUCGUCUGCAUGUUUCCUGUCGUGGUGGAAAGCAGAGAGUGGCUAAAGGAGAAAUGCUGGUUGUGGCAGCAGCAGUGGGCGUCGCAAGCUGUUUUGGGGCUCCAGUUAGUGGCGUUCUGUUCAGUAUAGAGGUGUUGGGGACUCAUUAUUCAGUCAGAAAUUACUGUCCCUGCUUCUUUGCAGCAGCUUGUGGAGCAAUUACCUUCAGGCUGCUGUCUGUUUGUAGUAAAGAUCAAGAAACCAUCCACGCCCUGUUUAAAACCAGCUAUCCUGCUGAGGUGCCUUACCAUCCAUUUGAAGUAUUCAUUUUUGCACUGCUUGGGCUGAUCUGUGGGGUUAUCAGCUGUUUUUACUUAUUCUGUCAUCGCUGGGCUCUGCGUUUUGUCAAGAAAAACAAACCCAUCAGCAGACUUCUGGCAACAGAAAAGGCACUUUAUUCAGCCAUUGUGGCAUUUCUCCUAGCCUGCUUUACGUUUUAUCAUUCAGCAGGACGUUUCAUAGCUGCUGAGCUCACAAUGAAGCAGCUGCUUACUUCCCUGUUAGACAGCACUUCAUGGUACACAAUUUCCCUGAAUGCUACCGGACUGCCUGAGCCUCAGAACACAUUUUGGCAGGCAUGGAACCCACCUGGCGGAAGUUACUUCCAAACACUAGGAUUUUUUAUUCUUAUGAAGGUUGGGCUGUUGGUCGUGGCUUGUACCUUGCCUUUACCUGCUGGCUACUUCAUGCCAGUUUUUGUUUAUGGUGCUGCUGUGGGGCGUUUUGUGGGAGAGGGCACUGCCUAUCUGUUCUCAGAUGGAAUCACAGCAAAUAGUUUGAUAAACCCAGGGGGCUAUGCUUUAGCAGGAGCAGCAGCCUACUCUGGGGCUGUGACACACACACUGUCUCCUGCCCUGUUGGCUCUUGAAAUGACUGGGCAGUGCACACAUGCAGUUCCCGCCCUGGUUGCUACGCUGGUGUCCUACGCAGUUGCCCGUGCAAAGCACCGUCCAUCUUUCUACGAUGGCAUAUCACUUAUUAAAAAGCUCCCGCACUUGCCAUCUCUCAUCCGAGCUUGUCCAAAGUUGGCCCAAGUUCAGAUCAAGCAGUUUGUGAUCCCAGCAGGAGCUGUGCUAGAGAAAGCUGAGAGAUUGACAAGUGUGCAGCAAAUCCUAAACACUAGCAUAGAGACUGAAUUCCCUGUAGUGAACUCUCAUGAAUCCCUCACUCUCCUGGGCACAGUCAUCAAAACACAGCUGCAGGACUUUCUGCAUGAGCAUAGAAAUGAGGAUUUUAGUAAACAGCUAGAAGACGUAUGCUCCAUUCGACCUGUUCGGCUACAACUGACUCCUGAAACUUCUGUAAAGCAGGCCCAUUGUAUCAUGUGUGUGACGGGCGAGCAGCGUUUGUUUGUGACAGAGAGUGGGCGGCUGUGUGGCGUCAUCACAUGGAAAGAGAUGAAGAAAAUAAUCGAAGAGAUGGCAAAGGAAGUCUGAUGCAAGGGGGACAAGAUCAGACAGCAACUGAGAACAGACAUCAAUUUAUACUUUCCACUUAAAAUCUCUUCAUUUUAAUAAGCAUACUUAAUAGU